AUGGUGGAGUUCUGCUGUCUCCAGAUUCCAGGAAUUCUUUUGUAUUCCAUCAUCAUGUACCAGACUGCGGAUGAGUCACGGAAUUGCAGCCACGGUCUUCUUCACCAAGGGUUCUGGAUAAAAAGGGGUGUGGCCCUCCUGUUUGAAGCUGUUGUGCUUACUCCUCAUGCCACAGCAGGAACAAGAGGCGCCCGGAAAGCCCUAGCUCUUCUCUGUCUCUUCCGUGAGCACACUUUGGCCCUGGGGCCGGAGAGCUCUCGAUGCAGGCGCAGACCCGAACUCCAGAACUCCGGAGGUAGCAGCAAGGCUGGCCACACCACCCACCCCACCAUCUCUGGCCCCACAACUCAACCAGCCAUCAGUCCCUUCACUGCCAGUGUUCACGGACCAUGCAAACAACCAAGCAAAGAACUCAUUAAGCCCAAAGCAAUUUUAGAAAGACCCACAGAGGCUGCUAGUGCCAAUGCUGCUGGUGCUGCUGCUGAGGAGUGCCCAGGACUGGGCGCCAGGGUAGUUGGAGUCAAUAACCAUCACUGUCAGAUCUGCCGACCCCCAAGCCAGUUUCUCCAAUCAGGCUGGAGUGCAAUGGCGCAAUCUUGGCUCACUGCAACCCCUGCCACCCAGGUUCAAGUGAUUUUCUUGCCUCAGCCUCCCAAGCAGCUGGGAUUACAGUGCCUUUCCCUGAUCUCCACACUCUUUGCCGUGUGUGCCCUGGUCAUCCUCUUCCAGGAGAUGGAGGUCCAGCUGGAUUACUUCCCUGGCAACUUCACUACUAUGGAACAUGCAAUGGGUGUUGGAGAAAACCAGCAGCAGCAUUCUUGCAGCGCCGCUUCCAGGAGCUCACCCGGAUCACUAUCAACCAGAUGCUGCUACAACCAGUCCUCAUCCAUCCAGAUUGCGCAUAUACCCCCCUACCGACCUCCCAGGCUCCGUAAAAACCCCACUCCGCCCCUGUCCGGCAGGAAGUAGCCAGAUCGAUUCCGCCGCCCUUUUUCCUUUUUAAGGAGUUGGGAAUGUUCGGUAGAAAGUCCCGCCCCCCUCCGCCCCCCUCUGCCCCCCCCUUCCCGCCGCCUGGAAGAAAACCCUCAGGCGCUGCUCUGUUCUGCCCAGCAACAGCAAGCAGCCAAUCAUCACAGCAGAAAAGCCCGCCAAGCCUCGGCCUAUCCUGAACCGACACAUAACCCUCUGAGCUACCUCAGCAGUCUGCCCAGAGACAGACAGCCUAUCCUAAGCUCCCACGACACCCCGCCAGCCCUGUGUCCACGCCCCGUCUGCCCCCCUAUAAAACCCUCCUACCCUAGCUGCACAGUUGCAGCCAGCCCUGAUCUCCUUCCUUUCCUGGCCUGCCUGCUGGUCCCGAUAAACCUGAACUCGGCUUCCAA